GUUCUUGCUCUCCAGAGAACAACAAUAGCUCUCCUUUCCUCUCUCUCUCUCUCACUCUCUGCAAACAUUAUUUACUGCUAUCUACAUCAGAUGUGGGGAGCACGCGGGACCCCAGACCUAACCCACUAAACUUUUGGACAGACACUAAUUCACUAAUCAGUGGACAAUUUGAAAGGCAAUGAAGGAAGAACUUACAUAUGUAUGAAAACAAACUUUCUUCUCGUUGAGAGUUCCAUAAGAAUUUUGUUCUUCCGAAUGUACACAAUUUUCCCCGGCAGGAAAACGUUACGCCCAAUUUCAGCAUUUAACAAAUCCGAAAAAUCAGUCGCCAACAUCAAACAAUUUUAGGAAAUAAUUUCAAUCCGAACCAUUACGUACGAGAUACCUGACCACUCUGAUGGCAAGCAAUGGACUACAAGCUGAUUUCUUUUGGAAUAAUAUGCUUAACUAUAUUUCUCAUUGGCUCUGAGGCUCCGUCGGUUAAACUGACAAAUGCCAAGUGCGAGUCCUACAAUAAAUCAUGGGUCAUCAUGCAUACGUGUCGCCUGAAGGCCCACUCUCGCAACAAAACAAGUUUGAAUGUAAAUCUCACGGUCUUAGAGCCAGCGUACAAAAUCUCUGCCAAAUUUAAAAUGUGGAAGAGGGCGAAUGGAUACAAACCGUUUCUCUUCGACUUCCACUUGGAUUGCUGCGAGUUUUUGAGGAGACGCAACCACCCAGUAGGCAAGAUUAUCUAUAAUCUGUUGAAGGAUUCGUCCACAGUGAAUCAUUCAUGUCCUUAUAUGGGUGUGCAGACGCUAAGCGAUUUUCAUCGCAUUGAAUUGCCCGUGGUACUGCCAUCGGGGGAAUAUCUUGUUACGUUUAUUUGGAUGUUCGAUGGUAAGCCGCAGUUUUCAUCGAAUAUUUCUUUCACCUAUUUGGAGGAUCUGUGGACGAGAAACUGAAAUAAAGGGUCGAUAUGGUCGACAUUAUUAAAGCUGUCCAACGUAAAAAACGAUCACCAUUCAUGAAAAGUUGAAUUACAAACAUUUGAACUAAUAAACUGACUUCCAAUUUUCCUUACACCAUAUCCCAGUGAGAGCUGUUUAUAUCAUCGUUAAGGAUAAUAUUUUCACUUGUUUACUCACCGGAAAGAAGUUUCGCCAACGAUUAAAUAUUCUUAAAUAUUAACUAAGUUGAGAACUGCAUAUGGGUUUUCGCUCAAACUGGUUAAAGAAGAAAAAAAGG